GUUUGGCCAAUGUAACUAAAACUUGUGCCGCAGAGCCAGAACAAACGAAACCUCCGGCGACAAGUCGGCGUCGGACUCCGAUAGAGCAUACGCAUCGAGAAGGAGAGAGCACAAGGUUAAAUUACACAAGGCUGUAAUGGGAAACCAGAAAUUAAAAUGGACGGGAGAAGAGGAGGAGGCGUUACUCGCCGGAAUUGCAAAACACGGUCCUGGAAAGUGGAAGAAUAUUCUCCGGGAUCCUGAGUUCGCUGAUCAGCUCAUCCAUCGCUCCAACAUCGACCUAAAGGAUAAGUGGCGUAACUUGAGUGUUCCCCCCGGUAAUCAAGGUUCAAAUUAUAAGGCACGGCCUAUAAAAGUCAAAGAAGAAGGCGUCACUCCACCUCCAGUUACAAUUGUUGAUAACAUUAAUCCACCUCCUAUUGUUAAACCUAUUAUUCCCCCUGUUCCUUCCAUUCAGCGAAAUGACUUGAUCAAUGAUGAAAGUUUUAACAUUGUGGUGGAUACAAAGAAUGCUCCCAGGUAUGAUGGGAUGAUAUUUGAAGCUCUCUCGUCAUUAGCGGAUGCAAAUGGAUCUGAUGUCAGUUCCAUUUUUCAUUUCAUUGAGCCCAGGCAUGAAGUACCGCCAAAUUUUAGAAGAAUCCUUAGCUCAAGACUGAGGAGGCUUGCAGCUCAGAGCAAACUUGUAAAGGUUAGCACCUUCAAAUCUUUACAGAACUUCUACAAGAUACCCGAUCCAUCAGGAACAAGAACACCAGCCCCAAAACCAAAGGAGACACAUGUGAAGCCGCGGCAAUCAAACAAUCAGGCUUCUGCUAUUUCACAACAGAUGAUCGAUGAAGCUUCAAUAACCGCCGCCUGUAAAGUAGUAGAAGCAGAGAAUAAAAUAGACAUUGCCAGAGUAGCAGGAGAAGAGUUUGCGAAGAUAACUAAACUUGCAGAAGGAAGCGAACAUCUCCUGGUGAUAGCUAAUGAGAUGCAUGAACAAUGUUCUCGGGGUGAGACUGUGGUCUUGGCUUGCGUCUAGGAGACAUGUCUCUUGAAGCUCAUCAUCAGUUUCUAGUUCUACGUUCUGUUGUUGAUAAUAUAUAAACAAAAAUUAACUUAUUAGGCGUGUCUCUCUGUUUGUGAGUAAUUUCAGAGGCUCCUUUGGGGAAAAUACUUUCUUUUAAUUUUUUUUUUUUUUUUUU